ACAAGAAAACAGACCAAAAGAACUAGCCAUACCAAACUUUGGAAGAAUCUACCCACAGACCAGACUGAGGGGUGAGGCUUUGGAUUCCCGAGUCUUGACGAAAAUAUCAUCGUUGACGAUCGAACGACGGCUUUUGGAUUUUCUUGACCUACAAAAAAGUUUUCGACUCCGUGGUCUGUUGUGCUUUCCUCCGUUUGCAGACCGAAGUUUCAAUGGCAGCUACGGUUAGAGAAGAAGAAAAUCAAAAAUUUGUUAAGAGAUCAAAGAAUAGCGGUGCAGGCCCAAUCUUCCUUGACAAUGGUGCUAUGCGAUCUCUGCUCUCUUAUCAAUCUCUCCUCCAACACUUGCAAUAUUCUUUCCCCUCGGUUUCCACAGCGAUUCAAUCACCUAUUCGACAAAACUAUUCUAUCGAUUCUUCGUCAUCUCUGCUUUUGAUGCCAUCUUGGUCUCUCUCUCCUUUUUUGCCUUACAUCGGUGUCAAGCUCGUAACUUCUUACCCCCAGAACUCGGCUCGAAACUUGCCCGGAAUCCAUGCGAGUUACCUCCUCUUUGAUUCGACUACGGGCCAGCCUGUAGCUGUGAUGGACGGAACCGAAUUGACUCUUUGGAGAACUGCAUGUGUUUCUGCUUUAGCUUCGAAAUUCCUAUCUAGAGAAGACUCGGAGGUUCUCGUGAUGAUCGGGGCGGGGUCAUUAGCUCCUUACCUAGUAAAAGCUCAUGCUUCAGUGAGGCCCAAUUUGAAGAAAGUAAUCAUAUGGAACAGAAGGGUAGAGAGAGCUAGUGAUUUGGCUAAGAAAUUGCAAGAAGAAGAAGAUUUGAAUGGUGUUUGUUUUGAGCAUACAGAGUGUUUGAAUGAGAUUAUUGGAUUAGGCGAUAUCGUGAGCUGUGCGACGAGUUCUGAGAGUCCGAUUGUGAUGGGUGGGGCGUUAAAAGCCGGUGCCCAUUUGGAUUUGGUAGGUUCCUUUACGCCAUCGAUGAGGGAAUGCGAUGAUGAGGCGAUUAAGAGAGGGAGAGUGUUUGUUGACUGUGAGGCUGCAUUGAUCGAAGCUGGAGAGUUGGUGGGAGCUUUUCAGAGGGGAGUUCUUUCCCAUGAAGAGAUUGGUGGGAGCUUGGUGGAUUUGAUCAAAGGAGAUAAGGUUGGAAGGAAUAGCUCUGAGGAGAUAACUCUGUUCAAAUCUGUUGGUUCGGCAGUUGUAGAUAUACUGAGCGCCCAAUUGGUAUAUGAGAGUUACUUGGAUGCUAACCUCUGAGCCCGGCUUCUACUCUCAUAGCUGCCAUUUUUAAUCUGUUCUAUAAGUGGCUUAUAACCCUGUUCUCACUUACUGUUUGUCCACACCGCCAUUGCAGCAGUUUGAUUACAUUCAACUAUAUUUUUACUGCCUGCUUUGUAUUGAUGUACGAGAAUAGACUACCUUAAAGGAUUCUUGUUUUGUAAUUUCUUUAGUCUUGUCUACUUGUUUUUCUUGGUUCUGCUAUUAUGGAGGUUACUCCUUUAUCUAGGCUUCCUUAUUAUUUGAAGUAUAUUGUAUUAAAUAACUUGUUAUGAAGGGAAUUUCUUCUUCUA